AAUACUGAACAAAUGGAAAAUCCGUUAGCUUUGUUGACAACGGUUACGUCGCCGCACCAAGUUGACAUAUACGAGUCGAGGGAGGUGGGCAAAUCGGUCCGGUAUAAAUACGUAAUUGUAAGGAUGCAGCGUUAUCAGUCACUCGAUACUACUUCAGCUACUUCAGUUAGUCAACCAACAACAAAUCUGACAACAAUGAAGUCCAUUGCUUUGGUUGCUCUUUUCGUCGCGGUGGCGUUCGCCGCUCCCCAAGCACCGACAGAACCAAUCCCGAUUCUUCGUCAGGAUAGCCAAAUAAACGGCGACGGUUCAUAUCAAUACUCCUUUGAAACUGGAAACGGAAUUAGUGCGGACCAGAAGGGCGAUCUCAAGAAGGUCGGAGAUGUUGAGGCUUUGGAGGUGCAAGGCCAAUUCCAGUACCCCGGUGAGGACGGACAGAACAUCCAGCUGACGUACACUGCUGACGAAAACGGAUUCCAGCCUCAGGGCGCUCACCUGCCCACCGCUCCCCCAGUACCGGAGGCCAUCCAGCGCGCCCUCGCACACCUCGCCACCGCCGCGCCCCAGCCCCAGGAGCAAUGAGAGACUGAUCAACAAACCAUAAUUCAUAUCCUUAAAAUGUAGUUAAACAGAACUAAUGUCUAUACUACUUUAAUAGGAUAUGAUUACAUGUUUGUCUAUGUAUUAAGCAUUAAUUUUAUUUGUUGUAACAGUGUACAAUUUAGUACUAGAUACAUCUGACCGUUUUAUAUUUUUGUAGUGUGAAUAUAUAUUUUAAUUAUUA